AUGGUCUCGCUCCCCUCAUUCGCUCUCUUUCCCAUCGCCACAUGGCGCGAUCAAAUCGUGCCAGAUGAGUGGGUGUCAUGCCUAAAUGCUUGGGCUGUCCUCGUUGAAAGCCAUCUCUCUCUUCCAGAAAACGAUUUCGUUACGGUCUCACUUAAGGAUGAGAGCCUAAGGGGGUUUCUGGUCUCUUUUGCCCGGGAGGUUGCCGCCAACGGCACUGCAUGCGUAGGGCCCUCACAAUCAGCCAAGCGGCUGCUCAAAGGCUGUCUAUUGUUGGUCACCAAGAUUCUGCAGUCACCUUCGCCACCCAAGUCACUCCUCGAGUGGGAGUUUCUUGCCGACCUGAGUAGAAUUUACGGCAAAAAGGCCGAGCCGGUUUUCUCUCAAUUAUCAACUACAGCACGCGAGUUGCUCGAUGCCUCAUUGUCCGAACUCAAAAAGUUCUUAAUCAAGAACCUCGACGCUGGUCUCAAAGGGGGCAACCUCAAGGCAAUCGAGGAGCGUCUAGAGCAUGUCAACGACCUCAUCCGUGUCAGCCCAGCAGUAGCAGAGUUUUUUCUCACUGGUAGCGAUUUUCUCGAUGGGUUAAUUAGCUGCUACAAAAUUGCGAACCCGCCGCUGCGCAAGGCCCUCAUCGCCACCACCUACCUAUGUCUCAUGGGCGUUGCUGAUGGCCAGAAACUUUCUGCGCUUAGUGAUCAGCUCUACUCCCUCAAAGCUGCGGGCGCAGCCCACAAGUCGGGUCCUCUCAGUGAAGAUGGCUCUCUUGUUGCGGAAUUGGUCACCUCAACCCCCUUACUCCAACGGCUCCAGCACAAGCUUAAUACUUCCGAAUCCUCCUCACGUUUGACCUCCGUCCUCAAGGAACUAUCAUCCUUCAAAAAGCCCAACAGCACCAUCACCAAACCAAAACGCCUCAUUCGCCGACGCAUCGACAAGGGCAAAGCCCCCAUACGCUCCCUCGACUCCUUCCCCUCCGACCAACAACAAGAAGACAUCCACCUCCUCAGCCUAAUCUCCCAAGUCCAAGACCUCUUUCCGGACCUCGGCGCCGGCUUCAUAGCCCGCCUACUCCAAGAAUACUCCAACUCCCCCGAGCAAGCAAUCGCCCACCUCCUAGACGACUCCCUCCCGCCCCACCUCGCCUCCGCCGACCGCUCCGAGCCCCUAACCUCCUUCAAACAACCUGCUCAUCCCCCUCCUCAUCCCGAUACCCCAGAAUUCAACCCGGCAGACGAGCUCUCCGACUCCGACAUCGAAAUCCUCACCGCCGCGACACAAAACAAACUCCACCUCGGCAAGCGCCGUCUCUCUGCUUCCCUCCCUGCGGCCCCCUCUAAGCAAACCAUCCUCUCCGCCCUCGCCGCAUUCGACUCUGAUGACGACGAACGCGACGAUACGUAUGAUGCAGCUGACGUGGGCGGAACAAUCGAUGCACGCCCGGAGGACGCUAAACUGGUUGCGGCAGAAACGGGCUCUCUUACCGGAGUGCCAGUUGAUGUGGAAAUGGUGUUGGCAAGGACGUGGUUGGCUAAUCCCGGUGUGUUCGCGCGUGAUGCGACGACAAGGAGGUCGAAGGAGAGAGCAAAGUUGAGGGAAGAGGCGGGGGGGAUGACGGAUGAAGCGGUCGAGGGAUGGGCGGUGAUGGUGCAGAGGGAUGACGGGUUGAGGAGAAAGGUUGAGAGGAGAUAUGGAGAGCUUGGCAAGGGAGCGAAAGCGCAUGAUGGUGCGGGCAUACAGGAUGUUAUCAUUGAGAGGACGAAGUGGCGUGCUGGGGAUGAUGCUACGGAGGGCACGGAAGGGACGGAGGAUACGGAAGAGGGUGAAGGGGAUGAGGAGGCUGGACGUGGUGCCGGAGUCAGGGUCGGCGUUUCUGGAGCAGGCCGUGGGAGGGGUCGUGGUCGGGGAGGUCGUGGCAGAGGCGGUGGUAGAGGUGGUGGCGGGCAGCCAUCAUCUGGAGGUCCGGCAGUUGAUAGACGGAGGAAGGAAGCAAACAAGGCGAGUCGGGCGAACCAUAACCGGCGCGACCAGAGGGCGCGGAAGAUGUUCAAGGGCGCUGGACUGGGCGGUUAA